UCCCUGAGCCUCCGCGCUUCUGCAGUGCAAUGUCCCGCCUGCUGAAUGCUGAAGAGUGGGCAGAAGUAAAGGAGUUGGGGGACCACCAUCGCCAUCCCCAGCUGCAUCACCACCCUCAGCCGCCUCCGCCACAACCACCUGCGACCCUGCAGGCGAGAGAGCAUCCAGUCUACCCGGCUGAGCUGUCCCUACUGGACAGCACCGACCCACGCGCCUGGCUGGCUCCCACCUUGCAGGGCCUCUGCUCGGCACGCGCCGCUCAGUACUUGCUACAUUCCCCGGAUCUGGGUGCCUCUGAGGCCGCAGCGCCCCGGGACGAGGAGGACACCCGAGGAGACCUGGGGAGGCGGAGCGGCGGCAGCGGCAGCAGCGGCAGCAGCAAGAGCCCUGGGCCGGUGAAAGUGCGGGAACAGCUGUGCAAGCUGAAAGGCGGGAUGGCGGUGGACGAGUUGGGCUGCAGCCGCCAGCGCGCCCCUUCUAGCAAACAGGUGAACGGGGUGCAGAAGCAGAGGCGGCUGGCGGCCAAUGCCAGAGAGAGGCGCAGGAUGCAUGGGCUGAACCACGCCUUCGACCAGCUGCGCAAUGUUAUUCCCUCUUUCAACAACGACAAGAAGCUGUCCAAGUACGAGACCCUGCAGAUGGCCCAGAUCUACAUCAACGCCUUGUCUGAGCUACUGCAAACGCCCAGCGGCGGGGAGCAGCCGCCUCCACCACCAGCCUCUUGCAAGAGCGACCACCACCACCUGCGCGCAGCCGCCUCCUAUGAAGAGGGCGCGGCCACGGCAGCUGCGACCGGGGCUCCGGUGGUCCAGGGAGGAGGACAGCGGCCCGGGGCGCCUGGGAGCUGCCGGACUCGUUUUGCUGCCCCGACCUCCGCUGGAGGGUACUCGGUACAGCUGGACGCUCUGCACUUCUCGACUUUCGAGGACAGUGCCCUGACGGCUAUGAUGGCGCAAAAGAACCUGUCGCCUUCGUUGCCCGGGGGCAUCCUACAGCCGGUGCAGGAAGAAAGUAGCAAAACUUCGCCCCGGUCCCACAGAAGCGACGGGGAGUUUUCCCCUCACUCCCAUUACAGUGACUCCGAUGAGGCAAGUUAGGAAGGUGUCAGAGACCCUGCAAACUGAGAAACAAAAACGUCCUUUUCCCAGUGCGCGGGACGCCUCA